UGUAUACAAUUAGUGGAAAGUAACCUCAUAUUUUACUUCCUCAAAUAGUGCGGACUUCGCCUUUACAGACAGGAUAUAAACAUUUAAGUUUAAAUUUUACUUUUCUUAGUAAACCACGAGCCGAAAUAACUGGACUGUUGAAAUUUGAACACAUGAAACUACAAUGGCGGCAAACAUGGAAAUAGCUGAUUUUAACCAGGAAGAUUUUGAAAGCGAUGUGUACAGAGACAGAAAACGACUGCUUGUCACAAUAAUUUCGCAGCCAGACGCCUCAUGUAAGCCUGCUCAAGCAAUUUCGGGGAAGAAAAAGAUUAUGUCUGAGAAACGACUAAAGCUAGAGGACGAAAUUGACGUAGAUGUAUAUCAGCUUUAUCACAACUUAUUUGGCAACUACUUCUGUUACGUGAGGGACAAGGAUAUCACAUAUGACAUCAAGAAGUCGUUUGCAGACGUUGAAAAGAAACUUGCAAGUCUGAAAAAGAGCGAGAAAAAGAAAAACACGUACGAUUUCUUCUUGUACGCAUUUCUCACCUUCCAUUCAAUUACAGACGAUAAAUCGCACAUCCAUUUCGCCGCCAACGAGUCCAAACCGCUUGAAGACGUGCUUGGAUUGUUGUCCAAAUACACUCCAGAGGAAAAGCCUAUGAUAGUGCUUAUUCAAGCGGACUAUCUGACCGUGAACGAUGAAAAAGUAGUGUUACCUGGUAAUCUUGAUCCCAACACAUUGCUCAUCAUGUCUACAGUACCACAGCAGCAAACAUCUAACGUGGGAAAUCCUGUCACCCAACCGGAACAGGAUCCCGAGUAUGGGCAGCACACGGAUCCCAACCCCAAGUGCUCCCUCCUCAUGCAAGUCUUCGACGAUGUGAUGACCGGGAAGGCCUACAGGGGGUUUGAUAUGGAGAAAAGGGCGGAAAUGAUUUGUGCAAUGGUUCGGGAAAAGAAUGGAGGAUCAGAUAAAGCCGUGAUGUAUAAAUCAAGUCUUAGCUUGAAGUUGAUUUUGUAACUGGAGAAAACCUUUGGAGAUAUCACUAGCAUUGCCCUUGUUUGUUUUUGUUUAUAUAUUGUGAAUAAUUAUACAGUAAACCCCACUGUGACGAUGUCGUUGGGACUUCGGGAAAUACUACGAGAUAACGAAAAUUCGAUUUAACCGAAGUACGAAUCAUGCCUUACUUCACCCAACAUAUUCGAAAAAGAAAUUCGAGAUAACAGAGUUCGAUAUAACGAUAUUUGUACAUGUAUGCAUGUCUUGACUGUCAAUAUGUAGUCGGUUUAACCUUAACGUUAGGAAUGAAAAGAAAAUGCCUAUGAAAGUGCUUUAACAUUUAAAUAAUUGUCGGAGCGUUAAUGCUGUAUUGUUACGACUACCAAACUCACCAGAGAAAGAAAAACAUAACAAUGUUGUUUUUUAUUAAAUAUCAUGUUUUGUUUGUUUACUAACAGUUUUUUGAAAGUGAUAUCCAAAGUUUCACAAUUAUUUUUUUAAUGCUCGUUCAUUCUUCAAAAAUCCUCAGCAACUUACUCUCAAAUAAAAUGUCUUGUUUAUUAUAAAACGUUCAUCAUGAUAUAAUCAGAAAAUCUAGAGCAUUUUAAACUAAUCUUAACAAAUACAUGCUAAAAUGUCAUAGGGGAAACGAAAUGCAUGUUCUUAUUAAUUUAGGUAUCCAUGCGGAUAAAACAAGACUAUGUAUACCAAACAACAGUACAUAGGGAUUGAACACUUAUAGUAAUAAAUACCUAUAUAUGUAACAAUAUGUAUAUUUUAUCUUAGUGUAUACACCAGAUAUCGAUGUAUUUUAUACUUAAUAUAAGAAAGCCAAGUACUUGUCUUUGCUGUUUUUUUUGUUUUUUAUCAGAUUAAUCCAAUGUAUCGAUCACUAUUUAAAAUCAUUUGCAUGUGCAAAUUAAAUUUGAAUGAGUAAUGUUUGCCUGUCCUCAAUUUUAACAUGCAAUCUAAUCAAGCAUACAAUUUGUUAUCACCUCAACUUAACGUAUGCUAAACAAGAUGAUCAGCAUGGCAGAUAUAUAUGUAUUUAUUAUCGGAAUUGAUAAUGUAAAAUUCGGUUGUGAGGUAGAUUUUGUAGGGUACUGUAGUUUAUAUAAGUUUUACAUUUUCCUCGAGGAAGUAUCGGGUUAUGUACUGAUUUGGGAAAUCAUUCGAUAAGCAAGUGGGGUACGGAGAGGAUCGUGUCAUUGUACACUAGUAGCGUGUUUUAUUGAUUACAAAAAAUGAUAUACAAAUAGAUGAUUGUUUCUGUGUUAUUAACGCAUAUUUAUUUUUCAGUUUGGUAUUGUUUGUGUUACCAACGUACGAAUGGGAGUUUAUUCGUGUAGAGGGCUGUGAGUGGCAUUGAUUCCGGACAUUACUACAAUGCAGAAGCAUUCAUCACUGUGUAUAGGAACAUUGAGCCAUUCACCAUGUUAUGGCUAUUCAGGGAAUCAGUGCCUGUGUGAAUGUUAUUGAAUUGUCAGAAUAUACAAAAUAAAAUACCCCGCUUGUUGGCACACCUA